AGGAGGAGGACCGCCAGGACCGCCAGGUCCGCCAGGGCAAGAUGGACGGGAAGGAGAUGAAGGUGACAUAGGACCUCCUGGUCCAAAAGGACCAAAAGGAGCACCAGGAAAGCCUGGACCACGUGGGGCGAAAGGUCCACCUGGCGACAAAGGAGAAAAAGGAUUGAAAGGACCGAGAGGUCCGGAAGGGGACCAAGGAGCAGAAGGACCGGCUGGAAUGUAA